GGCUAUGCUAACUGCCAACUCGGAUUUCUUGUCUUUCUCUUGUGGACUUCUCCCAAAGCUAGCUAGAAACACACAACAUAAAUCCCUCUCUCUCUAGUCUCUUUCUCUCCAAUCUCUCUCUAUAUAUAUCGGUUCGAUUAUUCCUUCAUCCAUUUAAUCAGACUUCGUGCCCAAGAAAGAAACAAAAAAAAAAAAUCAGAUAUCAUUGUCUUCAACCUUUUCCAUGAGAUCCAUGACAUGCACCGGGUGGUUUUGUUCUCUGAGAAGACCAGGUAGAUCACAGAAAGAAUGUGACGUGGAAAGGAAGCUAAACGUGAACGAAGAAUAUCGUGAAGCAUUCAGAACAAAGUCUUACAUCGAAAUAUGCAACAAAGCACAAGGCCAGUUAGGGAAUACAAGUACCAAAAUACCCUCUUCCUCAACACCUUCUUCUUCAGUUCCUUUAUGCACGACGCAUCUCACUGAGUUUUUGCUUGAACCUCGACAAGAGAUUAUAACAAACAUGAAGGUGCACCGUCUUGUGGUGGACUACUUCGAAGCAAGCUUAGAAGCAUGUCGUUGUUGUGACACCAUUCUUGAAGCAAUCCAAUCGACGCGACAAGCUUAUCGAAGUCUCACACGUGUUGUUAAGCUAAGCAAAGGAGCCCACCUCGAUUGCAAAGCCCAGAAGAAUGAUGAUCAUGAUAUUGAUAUUGAUAUCUAUAAAGAUAUUGCUUCCUUUGCCUUGCAAAACAAUCCUCUGUCCAACGUUGUUAGCGCCGUGCAGUUCCGUGAAAUCCGUGACGGACACAUGGCGCUCAUGCAUAGGCUGAUAUUGAAAAGAGGGAGAAUCAGAAGAAGGUUAAAUGUGAAGAGAGUUGGGAAAAACGUUGGAGGAAUCGUUCUUGUGACAUCACAUGGCGUUGUUCUGAUUAUUCUCUUAGUAUUUUGUUUCCACAGCGUGGUUGGGUUGGUGGUCGCACCGAGCAUCGUGUGUGGAUUAGUUGGUUUGUUCAUGAAGAGAAUUAGUAAAGCACGUGGUAAUAAUGAAAAAGUAAUUACCACGCGCUCUUCUAAUUCUAAUUCUGAUGAGAGGUUGUGCGAGCAACUUGAUGUUGCUGCGAAAGGGGUUUAUAUUGUGAUCAAUGAUUUGGACACUAUGAGCAGGAUGGUGAAGAGGUUGCAUGAUGAGGUGGAGCAUAGGAAAACAGUUGCUGGUGUUUGUGUGAGGAAUAAUGGGAAGUGGGAGAUUUUGAAGCGGGUGGUGUGUGAGUUUCGUGACCGGGAGUCUAGCUUUUUGGAGCAGCUGGGAGAGCUUGAGGAACAUGUUUACUUGUGCUUUCUCACCAUCAACAGGUCCAGGAGGCUCGUUAUGCAAGAAAUUACGGACACGAAACUCUAAGAGUUAUUCAAGUUUUUAAUUUUCCUUCCUAGAAAAUCUUUCUCGGGCGGGCAUGAGUUAAGUUUCAUGUGAAGCUUCUGAGAAGUCCAGGGUGGAUGGCUUAAUUAAUUUUCUUCUUUCUAUAUAUGGCUAGCUAGGUGCUUUUGAUGAGUGCUCAUUAUUUCAAAUUAAAUUGUUUCUGGUUCUUCAAUUUUCAUACUGUAAAAAGAGAUAGGAUAAAGUACAAAUUUUUUUUUUAUUUUUUUUGGUACAUUAGAAAGAUAAAUUACACCCGUCAGGAAUUAAAUCAUGGACUUUCUUCUACCCAACCCAUAUGUCUCUCAACUAUACUACUUAAGCUAUUAUGACGUCAAUUUUUUAUUAUUCUAUUAAUAACUUAUUUCUUGAUCUCCUGCUUAAUCAUAUAAUGUGUGAAAAUCUUAGUAGUUAAAGAGGAGUGUUAUAUAUUUUUAUAAUAUUUCUGUACGAGCCUAUUAGAAAAAUGGACUCGGC